AAUUCCCAGGUCCUACAGUGACGCAUCUUGGUGUUAUUCCCCGGAGAGUUCAGGGAGCAGAGGAGAGAUGCUGCUCAUGUUGGUAUCCCUGCUCUUCUACGUCUAUACAGCCGAGGCCUGUCUGCAGUGUGAACGCAAGAUCAGGCUCCUCCAUGAGGACUUGGCCUUGUCUGCUCCCACUGUGGACGACCAGAUAGAACUGAAAAAGAUUUCUGACCAUGCCUAUCAGACCUACAGAGAGACCAGCCGGGAAAGAAAGGGAGUCAUUGAUCCCACCACGCUGUACAGAGCCAAAACUGAAUACCAGGGCGAAUUUGACCACUUCUUGAAGUCCCAGCACACAGGGUCUGUGACGUUUGAAGCCAUUAUGAUCAUGGAGAAGGGCAGGAAGAUCUUAGAGAAACACUUGGACACAUUUAUGCAGGAUGGAUUGUGCCCUAACAAGUGCGGGCUUUUGAGACGAAGAAUAAUGGAUUGCUUCUCUUGCCGCUACAAGAUGUACAUCUGCCCUUCACCCUCUGGACAUCAGGAUUGCGGCGAGUACCCGGUGCAAGCUGAGGAAGGAGGCCAGGCCUUGUUGAACUGUUUCCAUCCAUGGCAUAGUCUUCUGCUGGGUAGACCAGAGUACCAUUACUCAUGGGCCGCUGGUCUGCCAGGGACGCAAAAGCUGAAUGAGAGGGACUUCAGCACCUUGAUAGUGACAGAAGACUCAACUGUGAUCUUAAAUCAGCUGCAUGUGAAUGAACAAGGAACAUAUCGCUGCUCCCUGCAAAGCCCAAAUGGAACUAUCUUCUACCGGGUCACUUUCCUGCUCACAGUUGCCCCUUCGCCUGAGCAGGAUCAACGACCUGUCUUCACUCUGCCUCCCCCGCCUCCCGGAGACACCUACUCACCUUUUCAGUCUACCAAGGGCCUGCUGGUGCCAGUCAUCGCCGCGGUUACUGCCCUGAGUCUGGCAGCGAGUGUAGGCCUCACAGUAGUUCUGAGGCUGAUGAUAGAGCAGAGAAAAGCCACAGCCAAGAAGAGACGAGAUAGGAGGAAGUAAAAUAACACAAAAAGCACAGUGUGGUGAUGCGUACAGUCCAAACAGACAAGAAUGACAGGGAGUUUUCGCUCACUUGAGGUCGUAACAUUUCUUUCAGUUUCUCAAUAAAUUUCCCAGAACAAAGUGGGAAGUAAUGUCCAAAAAUGACAUGGGAGUGAGAAGACAUGUAGGUGGUUAAAUGAAGCGCAUAGAGUUUCUAUUGUGUUUUUUUUUAUUAAUCUUUAAUAUUGGUUUUUUUAGAGUGAACAGUGACAGCAAACAUCAACAUCCCACUCAUAAAACAGAAAGUGUAGUAAAACCAGAGCACACAGCAUACACAUACUGAAACACACAUACUAAAACUCCCCCAGAAAACCACUCAGUUUUCCGUAACGUUAAGCACCAGCUUGCCUGAGCACAUCAGCGAUCUGACCCCAGCAGGCACACAUUCCCCCUCAAUGGAGCUGUGGCACUGUCACGUGGGCGUUUGUUAGAGGAGUCAGGGAUGAUUUAAAUCCCGGAUUACAGUGUUUUGCAGAGAUUAAUAGUUCCCAACCAUCCAAUUAAUCUUUGAUAAUCCCCUCUGGGAGAACAGGGGGGUAAAGGGGGCAGAUGUUCUAAUCUGGGUUUCUUCAAAUGUUUAUUUACUUUUAUUUCUAUUCAGAGAGAUGACAAACCUUUUCAUGACUGCCAAUGUUUAUUCUAAAGUACGUUUUCUGCACCAUCAGCAGAGUUUAAAUUCUGCUCUCUCAUCUGGCGACAGGAUACCGUCGGUACAUUUUGAUGACAUAGGAUGCUUCUGGUUCAAAAAUAGUCCGCCCGAUAAACACAACCUCCACCGCGUCCUUGUCAUCAUCUCUUCCAGUUGGUCAGGUGUCAUAUAGUUGUUUUUCGCUAACAUGUAUCAUCUCUCAUGCCUUUUCCUGUUGACUGUUGUUUGAAAAAGGAAACUCUCCUGUGUGAACAACGUGUUAACCAGAGCAACAAUAAACUCACACCCAUCUCUCA